AUGUCCACCACGCUCGAAACCGACAUAUACGAAGAUCUCUACGGUGACUCGGAGAAUGUGGAUAACAAGGACUCAAUUCCGCCCACACAACCCGAGCAGGAGGAAGAUGCAAGUCCGGAGCCUCCAGAACACGAGACGAGGAUUGCUACGGGAGAAAAUUCGUUACCUCCAAAGCCCACACAGUCUUCGGAGCUUUCAUAUUCUGCCCAGAUCGCGAAACAAUUCUCCGCGUACAAGCAGACUCCCGCACAAGAAAGGCAACAGCGGUCAUUCACACACUCGUCGACCAAACUUCUCCCUUCGAGUAUUGACACAAUUGACGGCAAUGCGCAGGAUGGCGCGUCAAUGGCGCGCAGGCCGGUCCGGCCGUCAGAGAUGAAAGACGAAGGGUGA